CCGAGUUAACAAAAAGCGAAACUCUUCCCUCCUUCUCCCUCACUUCAUUUUGAAACAGAAAGAAAAAAAAAAAACUCUCGGGACAUGGGGAAACAAUGGAGAAGCGCGAUACUAGUGUAUUGAAUUUUGCAGAGCUCGAUUCUAUGAAGAGAACUAAGAAGCAGCGCAAAGCAUCUGACCAAAUUUACUCCAAAGGCGAGAAACGCAGGCAAAGGAGCGCAGAGGAAUGGCCAGAAGGGUUAGAUGAUGAAGCAGACCGUACAGGUCCUCCUGCGCAGGCAACUGAAUCUGGACAGAUCCGCAGAGCUAAGAGAGGCAAGAAGAAUCAUAGAAACCGUCGAGCCAAAGAAUUGGCGGCGAAGAAUAAGAAUAAAGAUGAAGCAGUUGAUUCUGUGAAGCUUGAAGAUGAAAGUAUUGAUGAAGCUACAACUGAUGACUUCUCAAACCAGACAUUCUUUGUUGCUGCUUCAACUUUUUUUAAUAAAAUGUUGUUUCUUCUUAUUUACAAGGUAAAUCUGUCAAGCAUGAUGAUGUUGAUGGUGAAGAUAGAACUGGUGACUGACCAGCUAGAACACAAUCUUUGGCUCUCCCUGCAAAUAAAGAUUAGGAUUGCUAUCCUUGGCGCUCGGUGAUUUAGAGCCAUAUCCCAUCAGUGGUCAGAUGAGUCAGGUAAAUGCAAAAUCAAUACGUAUUGUUAAUUUUAAAAAUCUUUGCAGGCGAAACGACUUGGAGCCCCUUUAAGAUUGGGGAAUGCAACACACUGCUUAAGGAUUUUGGAAAGCUCUCAAAAGGAAUAUAAUAAAAGAUAUUAGGAGUAAAAUGAGCACCAUUCCCGCCGCCGCGAUUAAUCAAGAGCACAAGUGGGGUUUUCUCACCCUAUUCUGCUUGCAGAAUACUUUUGGGUACUUGGAGGAAUGAUUUGUCCCAAGUAGCCAAUAACUUGCUUAUUGUGAUUGAUCUUGGAGUUGUUGAGUUUUUUUUUUGUUCUUUCAAAUUUUAAAGUGUCUACCAUCUAAGAAUGGGAUGCAAACAAGAAUGUGGGUGUUCCAGGUAUGAACUCUUCCGACUUCCUAGUUUCAAAGGCAUUGGUGAAUGAACUCGAUCGUACAUACCGUGUCCACUUACUCCAAGCUGUUUCGCUUAAGUAUCUCCAUAUUUCACUGAGUGAUAGAUGUGAAUCUAUGAAAGUUUUAUUUAGUCACCCUACAAGAUACGUU